AGGUGGGCAGCCUUGAUCUCUGAGUCCUCCCGCUGGGGAGCGCACCUGACGCGGCGGGAGUGCCGGCGGGCGUGGCGGCGGGGCUGACGUGGCCCGCGGCGUGGAGCAGGCGUGAUUCAUCAGCGGCCGCGGAGCGCUAUGGGGAUGAGCACAGCGGCCGCCUAGGCGCGUCCCCUGUGCGGAUCUCUGGGUCGGGGGCCUGGCUGUGGGAAGGCCAAGAUGGAAGAGAUCCUGAGGAAGCUGCAGAGGGACGGAUCCGGGAGCAAAUACAAAGCCAUCAAGGAGAGCUGCACCUGGGCCCUGGAAACCCUAAGUGGUCUGGACACUGUUGUGAAGAUUCCUCCCCACUUGUUGAGGGAGAAAUGCCUGCUGCCUCUCCAGUUGGCUUUGGAAUCAAAGAACGUGAAGCUGGCCCAACAUGCUUUGGCAGGGAUGCAGAAGCUCCUGUCAGAAGAGAGGUUUGUAUCCGUGGAGACUGACUCUGAUGAGAAGCAGCUGCUCAAUCAGAUUCUGAAUGCUGUGAAAGUGACGCCUUCACUCAAUGAAGACCUGCAGGUGGAAGUGAUGAAGGUUUUGCUGUGCAUCACUUACACCCCAACAUUUGACAUGAAUGGGAGUGCCGUGCUGAAGAUCGCAGAAGUGUGCAUUGAGACAUACACAUGCAGCUGUCACCAGCGCAGCAUCAACACUGCUGUGCGUGCAACCCUCAGUCAGAUGUUGAGUGACCUGACUUUACAGCUACGGCAGCGGCAGGAGAACACGAUAAUUGAAAACCCAGAUGCCCCACGAGAUUUUGGGAGUCAAGGCUCAACAGUAGAGGCCCUUUGUGAUGAUGUUGUCUCUGUCCUUGCUGUCCUGUGUGAGAAGCUACAAGCCUCCAUAAAUGACAACCAGCAGCUGCAGCUUCUGUACCUGGAAUGCAUUCUCUCUGUGCUCAGCAGCUCCUCCUCCUCCAUGAACCAGCACAGGGGCUUCACUGACCUCAUCUGGAAGAGCCUCUGCCCUGCUCUUGUUGUGAUCCUGGGGAACCCCAUUCAUGACAAAACCAUCACCUCUGCUCACAGCACCAGCACCAGUACCAACAUGGAGUCGGACUCUGCCUCUCUCGGUGUGUCUGACCAAGGCCGAGGCUCAGGCUGCUCCUGCACUGCACCUACCCUCAGCGGGCCUGUAGCCCGCACCAUCUACUACCUUGCAGCUGAGCUUGUCCGCUUAGUGGGGUCAGUAGACUCCAUGAAGCCAGUGCUCCAGUCCCUCUAUCACCGAGUGCUCCUGUAUCCCCCGCCCCAGCACCGAGUAGAAGCCAUUAAGAUCAUGAAAGAGAUACUUGGGAGUCCACAGCGUCUGUAUGACUUGGCAGGACCAAGCUCUACUGAGUCAGAACCAAGGAAAAGAUCUAUUUCCAAAAGAAAGUCUCACUUGGAUCUUCUCAAACUCAUCAUGGAUGGCAUGACAGAAGCAUGCAUUAAAGGUGGCAUUGAAGCCUGCUAUGCUGCUGUGUCCUGCGUCUGCACCCUGCUUGGGGCCCUGGAUGAACUUAGCCAGGGGAAAGGCUUGAAUGACAGUCAAGUACAGCUGCUGCUCCUGCGCCUGGAAGAGCUGAAGGAUGGGGCCGAGUCAAGCCGGGACUCCAUGGAAAUUAAUGAGGCCGACUUCCGCUGGCAGCGGAAGGUGCUGUCCUCAGAGCAUACGUCGUGGGAGUUAGGCAAUGAGAGGAGCCCUGACAUCAGCAUCAGUGUCACCACAGACACAGGCCAGACUACCUUGGAGGGAGAAUUGGGUCAGACAACACCAGAGGACCAGAAGAAUGGGCUCAAGUCUCCAGCCAUUCAGGAAGGCAAGGAGACCACGAACAAAGUGUCAGAACCUGAGGCCAUAGACCAGCCUGAUGUGGUUCAGAGAAGCCACACGGUCCCUUACCCUGACAUCACUAACUUCCUGUCGGUGGACUGCAGAACAAGGUCCUAUGGGUCUAGGUAUAGUGAAAGCAACUUCAGUGUAGAUGACCAAGACCUGUCAAGGACAGAAUUUGAUUCCUGUGAUCAGUAUUCCAUAGCAGCAGAAAAGGACUCGGGUAGGUCUGAUGUGUCAGACAUUGGGUCAGACAACUGUUCGCUGGCUGAUGAAGAGCAGACUCCUCGGGACUACAUGGGCCAUCGGUCCCUGCGAACGGCUGCUCUGUCUCUCAAACUGCUGAAAAACCAGGAGGCAGAGCAGCACAGUGCACGACUGUUUACACAGUCCCUCGAGGGCCUCCUUCCCCAGCUCCUGGCCCUUUCCAGCGUGGAAGAGGUGGAUUCUGCCCUUCAGAGCUUUGCCUCCACUUUCUGCUCAGGUAUGAUGCACUCUCCUAGCUUCGAUGGAGGCAGUAGCCUGAGCUUUCAGAUGCUGAUGAAUGCAGACAGCCUGUACACAGCAGCACAUUUCGCCCUAUUGCUCAACCUGAAGCUCUCCCAUGGUGACUACUACCGGAAGCGACCAAACUUGGCACCAGGCAUCAUGAAAGAGUUCAUGAAACAGGUGCAGACCAGUGGCGUGCUGAUGGUCUUCUCCCCGGCCUGGAUUGAGGAGCUCUACCACCAGGUGCUUGACAGAAACAUGCUGGGAGAAGCUGGUUACUGGGGCAGCCCUGAGGACAACAGCCUUCCCCUUAUCACCAUGCUCACCGAUAUUGAUGGCUUAGAGAGCAGUGCAAUUGGUGGCCAGUUGAUGGCAUCAGCUUCAAUGGAGUCACCUUUUACCCAGAGCAGAAGAAUUGAUGACUCCAUGGUAGCAGGUGUUGCAUUUGCCCGUUAUAUUUUGGUUGGCUGCUGGAAGAACCUGAUUGAUACUCUAUCAACUCCCUUGACUGGUCGAAUGGCAGGAAGUUCCAAGGGUCUGGCCUUCAUCCUAGGAGCCGAAGGCAUCAAAGAGCAGAACCAGAAAGAGCGAGAUGCCAUCUGUAUGAGCCUUGAUGGGCUGCGGAGAGCCGCACGGCUGAGCUGUGCACUAGGGGUUGCUGCUAACUGCGCUUCAGCUCUUGCCCAAAUGGCGGCUGCCUCCUGUGUCCAGGAAGAGAAAGAAGAAAGGGAAGCCCCGGAGCCCAGUGAUACCAUAGCACAAGUGAAACUAAAAGUGGAGCAGAAACUGGAGCAGAUGGGGAAGGUGCAGGGGGUGUGGCUGCACACAGCCCACGUCUUGUGCAUGGAUGCCAUCCUCAGCGUAGGCCUGGAGAUGGGAAGCCACAACCCGGACUGCUGGCCACACGUAUUCAGGGUAUGUGAGUAUGUGGGCACAUUGGAGCACACCCACUUCAGCGACGGCAUCUCCCAGCACCCUCUGACCAUUCAUCAGUCACGGAAGACAUCUGGGAGCUCUGGCCUUCUUGGGGACCUUGAAUGUGAGAGCUCAUCCCAGGAGAAGAGCCUGGAUCAAGGCCUCUCCCUGAACACAGCCCCUGUGGUCCAGCCACACUCCAUCCAGGAGCUUGUUCGGGAAUGUAGCCAUGGCCGGACCUCAGAUUUUCGGGGAGGUAGUCUGAGUGGGAACAGUGCUGCCAAGGUAGUGCUCUGCCUUUCCACCCAGGCCGACAGGCUCUUUGAUGAUGCUACAGAUAAGUUGAACUUAACUGCCUUGGGAGGUUUCCUCUACCAGCUAAAGAAAGCAUCCCAGUCCCAGCUUUUCUAUUCCGUGACAGACACAGUCGAUUACUCUCUGGCAAUGCCAGGGGAAGUUAAGUCUACGCAGGAUCGCAAAAGUGCUCUGCACCUGUUCCGCCUGGGGGAUGCCAUGCUGAGGAUUGUGAGGAGCAAAGCGCGUCCCCUGCUCCACGUGAUGCGCUGCUGGAGCCUUGUGGCACCGCACCUGGUGGAGGCCGCCUGCCAUAAAGAACGCCAUGUGUCACAGAAGGCUGUUUCCUUCAUCCACGAUAUCCUGACUGAGGUCCUCACUGACUGGAGCGAGCCGCCUCACUUCCACUUUAACGAAGCACUCUUCCGACCCUUUGAGCGCAUCAUGCAGCUAGAACUGUGUGACGAAGAUGUUCAAGACCAGGUGGUCACCUCUAUUGGGGAGCUGGUUGAGGUAUGCUCCACACAGAUCCAGUCAGGAUGGAGGCCCCUGUUCAGUGCUCUGGAAACAGUGCACAGUGGGAACAAGUCGGAAGUGAAGGAGUACCUGGUUGGAGACUACUCCCUGGGAAAAGGCCAGGCUCCCGUGUUUGAUGUGUUUGAAGCAUUUCUCAACACUGACAACAUUCAGGUUUUUGCUAAUGCAGCCACUAGUUACAUCAUGUGCCUUAUGAAGUUUGUCAAAGGGCUGGGGGAGGUAGACUGUAAGGAGAUUGGAGACUGUGUCCCUGGAGCUGGAGCCACAUCCACAGACCUGUGCCUGCCUGCCUUGGAUUACCUCAGGCGUUGUUCUCAGUUAUUGGCCAAGAUCUACAAAAUGCCCUUAAAGCCAAUAUUCCUUAGUGGGCGACUUGCCAGUUUGCCAAGAAGACUUCAGGAGCAGUCGGCAAGCAGUGAAGAUGGAAUUGAAUCAGUCCUGUCGGAUUUUGAUGACAACACCGGCCUGAUAGAAGUUUGGAUCACCCUGUUGGAGCAGCUAACAGCAGCCGUGUCCAACUGUCCCAGACAGCACCAACCACCAACCUUAGAUUUACUCUUUGAGCUGUUGAGAGAUGUUUCCAAAACACCUGGCCCAGGGUUUGGAAUCUAUGCAGUUGUUCACCUUCUCCUUCCCGUGAUGUCUCUGUGGCUCCGUCGUAGCCACAAGGACCAUUCCUACUGGGAUAUGGCAUCUUCUAACUUCAAGCAUGCCAUUGGUCUGUCCUGCGAGCUGGUGGUGGAGCACAUUCAAAGUUUUCUACACUCAGACAUCAGAUAUGAGAGUAUGAUCAACACCAUGCUGAAGGACCUCUUUGAGCUUCUGGUGGUAUGUGUGGCCAAACCCACUGAAACCAUCUCCAGAGUGGGCUGUUCCUGCAUACGGUAUGUCCUGGUGACAGCAGGCCCCGUGUUCACAGAGGAAAUGUGGCGACUUGCGUGCUGCGCUCUUCAGGACGCCUUCUCAGCCACACUCAAGCCAGUGAAGGACCUGCUGGGCUGCUUCCACAGUGGCACAGAGGGCUUCAGUGGGGAAGGCUGCCAAGUGCGGGUAGCAGCACCAUCCUCCUCCCCAAGUGCAGAGGCAGAGUACUGGCGCAUCCGGGCCAUGGCCCAGCAGGUGUUUAUGUUGGACAGUCAGUGUUCACCAAAGACCCCAAACAACUUCGAUCAUGCUCAGUCCUGUCAGCUCAUCAUUGAACUGCCUCCUGAUGAGAAAGCAAAUGGGCAUGCCAAGAAAAGCGUUUCUUUCAGGGAGAUCGUGGUGAGCUUGCUCUCUCACCAAGUACUGCUCCAGAACCUGUAUGAUGUCCUGCUGGAAGAGUUUGUGAAGGGCCCCUCUCCAGGAGAGGAGAAGACCGUCCAAGUGCCAGACACCAAGCUGGCCGGCUUCCUCAGAUACAUCUCCAUGCAGAACCUGGCCGUGAUAUUUGACCUGCUGCUGGACUCCUACAGGACUGCCCGGGAAUUUGACACGAGCCCAGGGCUGAAGUGCCUGCUGAAGAAAGUGUCUGGCAUAGGAGGAGCAGCCAACCUCUACCGCCAGUCCGCCAUGAGCUUUAACAUUUACUUUCAUGCCCUGGUUUGCGCUGUCCUCACAAACCAAGAAACCAUCACAGCUGAGCAAGUGAAGAAGGUCCUUUUCGACGAGGAGGAGAGAAGCUCGGAUUCCUCCCAGCAGUGCUCAUCUGAGGAUGAAGACAUCUUUGAGGAGACGGCGCAGGUGAGCCCCCCAAGAGGCAAGGAGAAAAGGCAAUGGAGGGCACGCCUACCUUCACUUAGCGUGCAGCCAGUGAGCAACGCAGACUGGGUGUGGCUGGUCAAGAGGCUGCACAAGCUGUGCAUGGAGCUGUGCAACCAGUACAUCCAGAUGCACCUGGACCUAGAGAGCAGCUUGGAGGAGCCACCUGCCUUCAAGGGUGACCCGUUCUUCAUCCUCCCCUCCUUCCAGUCGGAAUCGUCCACUCCAUCUACUGGUGGCUUCUCCGGGAAAAACACACCCUCCGAAGAUGACCGCAGGGAGCACCUAAGUGAGCCUCUGAGCCUGAGGGUGGGCAGCGGGGACAUGCUGAUGCUGCCACCCAGCCCCAAGACAGAGAAGAAAGAUCCUGGCCGCAAGAAAGAGUGGUGGGAAAGUGCAGGGAACAAGAUUUGCACCAUGGCCGCUGACAAGACCAUCUCAAAGCUGAUGACUGAGUACAAGAGGAGGAGGCAGCCGCAUAACCUGCCCCCCUUCCCCAAGGAAGUCAAAAUGGACAAGAAAGGGGAGGCCCUGGGUCCCCCGGGUCCUGAUUCCCCGCUGCUUCAGCGGCCACAGCAUCUCAUAGACCAAGGGCAGAUGCGCCAUUCUAUCAGCGCAGGCCCAGAGCUGCUGAGGCAAGAAAGGAGACCCCGCUCAGGCUCCACCGGAAGCUCCUUAAGUGUCUCAGUACGAGAUGCAGAGGCACAAAUCCAGGCAUGGACCAACAUGGUGCUAACAGUCCUCAAUCAGAUUCAGAUCCUUCCAGACCAGACCUUCACUGCUCUCCAACCAGCAGUGUUCCCAUGCAUCAGCCAGCUGACCUGUCAUGUGACUGACAUCAGAGUCCGUCAAGCUGUGAGGGAAUGGCUGGGAAGAGUUGGCCGUGUCUAUGAUAUCAUCAUUUAGAGGAGUCAAAUCCUGAGGGAAUACUUAUGGUCAUCCAGCCUGUCCAUCUAGCUGAUUGCAUUUUCUCUACCCACCAUCCCAGUCCAACUAGGUCUCUGAGAAACUAGUUCUUUGAGACCUAGUAACAAAACUUUUCCAAUCUCUCCCUAAUUAAUCAGCCUUGGGAUAGUCUGUAUGCCAAAGCAGUAUCCAAGUGUCACAGUGAUCUCUGGCCUUGCAUAUUAUUACAGAAGAGUCUUCAUUCCUUCAUACAUUUUGAAAUCUAAAGUUAACUUCCGAGUGCAUUUGCUUGCAGUAUUAUAACCAAAUAAGUUUGUUUUCAACAACUUUCUUUUGGAAGCUCAAGGCUGAUCCAUUUCAUCCAUCAUUUUCAAAAUCAAUGUAAGUCCUAAGAAAACAUUUGCUGGUUAGGGAAGCUCUGAUAUACAUUCAUAUAUCUAUCACCAGACACAAUUAAUCAGAAGAAUUUUUAUAUUCUGAUUAUAGGUUGGGAAGGAAGCUGCAAAAAACUUUUUCAAUGUUCUAAUCAAGAAAGAAAUGACUUCUAAAAUAGAUUCAGGAACAUUUCAACAUUAUUAUUAAGCUUUUUAGAUUUUCAUGUUAAUAUUCACAAAUUCCCCAGGUAAGGUACUGUUGUGCCUUUAUGUGUCUGUUUUUAAAGGAAGGAAAUUCUUUCCUGGCAUGAUUUUAAAGUCUGUGACUUGACAGAACUUAACACGAAGCACCCAGUGGUGCACACUGUCACAAAACUCGACACUGACUACCCGUGAGUCUUUGCUUCUGUUUCCAAGACAGACAAAGUAAAGAAAGAAAAAUGGUGCCUUAGUCUUUGUUGCACAGAUAUUUCUUUGUUGCACAGAUAUGCCCUACAAUUAUUUGAACAAUAAGGUAUGACACCAAGUUUUAAGAAAGAUUAAGAUACAUAUUAUAUCAGUAUUCUUUGGAGGAAAGCAAUUCAGAGUCCUCCAUUUGGUGAGCAAACUUCUCAGGGGAGGGGCAAGAAGUAUGGGAUGGGGAGACAGCUGGAAGGGGUGGGCUAGGGGACUGUGAUAGAAUCAUUGUAAAUCUUCAACUAUGAUAUAAUUGUGAAAUGAUGGUGUCAGUUAUACAUACUAUAGACUGAAUGGGAAGGGACACAAUGAAUUUAGAAAACUAUUUUUUUUAUAUAUAAAAUACUUCUCUCUGGCAGAUUUACUCUCUUUUAACUCAUUUAGACCAGUAUUUUAAUUGGAAAUUUCUUUUUCUAAGUAUUAUUUAGAAAAUGAAUUGAACUAUAGAACCAUAUCUAUUGGAGAUUAGGAAUUGAGCCUGUACAUUCUUAGGAACCAUUGAGCUCCCACAGAGCCCUUACCACAAUAUAUUUUAUAUUCCUUACAUUAUAACAGUGACUAAAGCUUUUAAGACAAGCCUACUUACAUGCUAUAGUGUAAGAUUAGUUACUGAGGCAUAUAUGACAUUUAACCAGUGCCUAAAAAUGUAUUCAUACGUCAUCCUCUAAAAAUGAAACUUCCCCUCUUCCGUAUUAAAGGAGUUAAUAGGGGUUGAACUUUAUCCAGUGAUAAUAUUCCUAAAUGUUGCCCCCCCCCCCCCAUGAGAACUACAUAAAUAUCUACAAGGUCAAAGCAAAGUUCUUUGGCUUGUUUGGAAGGUCAAAAAAAAAAAUCCCAGUUAUUCAGCAUCCCACCUAAGCAGAUCACAGAACCUACAAGACAUUUUCCUAGUCCCACAAAGCAAUCUCUGCCUUCAGAGACAGUGAUUUAAUUUGAGUGAUAAUUGACGCUUAAAACCUGAUCUAAAUAUGUUUUGGUUUCUCUGUCUUUUAGUAUUGGGAAUCAAACCAGGGCUCAUGCAAGCCACACCGAUGUUCUUCAUUACUGAGCUGUAUCCCUAUCUCUUAACUUUUGAAUACAAAAUGAAUUAUUUUACCUACAAUGCUAGAUUUUAUAUACCUGGUAAGUGUAGUUUAGAGUUAAAAAUUUUGCUUUGUUUUGUUUUACUCAACAAAAGCAGUAUACCCUAAUUGUUUUUGUUUGUAGAUUCUUUGGGGGAUCUGUUCUUGGUCAGCCAGGGAGCACCACAGCUUACUAGAAAGAGAUCUUCUUCAGUGAACCAUAUCACAGAGUUACAGCAUGUCACAAAAUGUGACCUUUCAUGAAGUACAAAUAUCCCAGAAGUAUGUUAGUUAUUUGUUCUGAAAUAAGAACCCAUUUUCCCACAGACUGACUACAGAAGCAGACAAGACUAGUUUGUGAAAGUGUUCUCUAACAUCCUGAUAGUGGAGUUUGAGAAUUAAAAAGAUAAGAUGUACCUAGCUUUUUACCUGCGAUGUUGUAAAUAUUGCCAUAUCCUCUCAUCAGUCCUUCGUGAGUCCAUUCCAAGUCCCACAUGGUUCUUAGACCACCUCCAAAGCCCUCUGCACUCCAGAAGACUUCAGCAUCCUUCACAGUGUAAUGAAAGAGAAGCAUUUGUAGUUUCAAAUGGAAUAUUGCUCAGUGCCAAGUAAUGGCCAGUGAGUAGGACUUCAGUUCAAUUGUUCUGCAUGUAGAAGGAAAGACAGGUAAUUAGGAGCUUGGAUGGACAAAGGCCCCUUCAUUCACUUACCAGUCAGUUCCUUUCAGUUUCUAGUCCCUGCCUUUCUUUCUUUACCCCUGACUUCUUUCACUCCUUCAGUCUCUGAGUGGGCCCCAUGUUUUUUCCCUAUACACUUAGGCUGAAGAUCACAGUCAAAGUGGGCUUUUGAGCUUUAAAACAGUCAUUAGGCCUGCAUGUACAGAGGUAAGCAGAACAUGAUUUUACAUGUUGCUUUUAGUCGCUUGUAUUUACCACCAAUAAUGUAUUUCUUGAAGUUGAGAUAUUUUUCUUCUUUUCUGCAUCAAGAAACAAUCAACUUAGCACCACAUAAAUCAGGCAUGAUACUGCAUAGGAAUCAUCCCCUCAUGGUGCACACCCAUAAUCCUGGUAUUCAGGAGAUAAAAGCAGGAUGGUAGAAAUUCAAAGGCAUCCUCAGCUACACAGGAAAUCUGAAGCCAGCCUGGGCUACAUGAAAGCCUGUAAAGCAAGAUAUCAGGUUUACUGGUGAAAGGUUCAUAAAUUGUUCACAGAGCUUAUCUUAGCUCCUGCAGCUCUCAGCCAGAUUUUAAAGAUAUUUAAGACUUGUUUUCUUCCCUUUGUUCUAAAAUUAGAACACAUUUUAACAUUUUAGGUUAUUUACUAACUAACCACAAGGACCUGGGAAAAUGUUAACAGACAUUACAGCUCAUAUAAAAAUAUUUUAAAUCAAGCCAGACACAUACCCAUAAUCCCAGCAGAGGAAAGGAUACGGAAACAAGAGGAUUGUAGUGAGUUUAAGGCCAAUUUGAGUGAGUUCCAGGACAGCAUGGGCUACAGUGUAAAACCCUGUGUCAAAACACAAAUGUUAAUUUCCAAAGUACUUUUAACUUAAAGUUCCUGGUAUGACGAUCAACACAGGCUUCUUGUUAAAAAAAAAAUACUUCUGCAGUCAAUGGAGAGUGUCCAAUAGCCUUAACUACAGGAAGGUAACACAGUAACUCAGUGAAGAUUCAUAUUCUCCCCAAAUAGAGAAUGGAACUGCUGAGAUAGGAAUGGUUCCUUUUUAAAUAGGAAAUCUAUGGGUGGAGGGAUGGCUCAGGGUUGUUAAGAGCACUUUCUGCUCUUACAGAAGGCUCAGGUUUGGUUCUCAGUACUCACAUGAUGGUUCAUAACUAUCUCUAAUUCCAGUGUCAAGGAAUAUGAUGACUUCUUCUGAUCUUGGAGGGCACUAGGCAUACACAUGGUAUGCAGACAUACAAGGAAAUACUCAUAAACAUAAAGUAAAAAUAGUUGCUUAAAGAAUUAAAAUCUGUUAUUAGUCCCACCAACUAAACAGAGUGAAGACUUUUGUUUAAAGCUGGUAACAGCAGGAAAGAAAUGCCACUGGGUGCCACUGAACGGGGGCCUUCUUAUAGUAACUUUAGGAAACCUUCUAGUUAAGAACCUUUUUCUAGUUAAGAUAAGUUCACAGACCCAAGAUAACAAAUAAAAGGCAAAGUUAUUUUCAGAGAAAUGUCUAUGAGUCGAAAGACCACAUGCUUCCACAGAUAUCUGAGAUGUCAUUGCUGAGCAAGCUCUGCAGCAUUAGAGAACAGGAAAAUUGCAAGACCUUUGUUGGAUGGUUAAAAUGAAAAUAUGUAGUUGGUAGAUCCAUCUGGAGUAUUAUAUGUAUUUUUAUGAUAAGACUCAAAAGUAAUGCCUUUAUAAUAGAAACAUAAAGGAUAUCAACAUCUAAGCCUUAAUUCUAAAGGAAACAUUUAGUGUUACAUUAAAAAAAUCUAGUAACAUUAGAGAGAAACAAUGGUACUGCCUUGCCUGGCUGACUGUACGAGCAUAGAAAUAAGGCAGCCCGCAUGUGCAGGGGCAUAUAUAAUUUGUGAACUUUUUCACAUAUCAUUUAAUCAACAAAGUGUCCAGUAGCCUAUGGAGCCCCUUUGCCAACUUCUCUGACAAUAUAUACAAAUCCUCUGAAAAGGAAAGAAUUUGUCCAAGAUGGACCUAAGUUUCAGGUAGAACAGUAUCUGUAGGAUCAUGUACCACACCCCAACAUUUCUAUUUGUUCCAUAGGUGAGGAAAGAUGCAGAGACUUCAGAGAUCUGCAGUAACAUAAGGACACAAACAUGUUUGGGAACCACUUAGUGGCAACCAAAAAGAUUUAGCAUGACCCUACAGUGGUAAAAACAUCUUUAAGAAUUUUUAUUAAAACUAUGAGCUUGAUAUUUGGAAUGAAUUAUAAAAUUGGUGGAGUUGGAUUUAUAAUUAUGCCCUCUUGGAAAAAAAGUCCUCCUUAUUCAUAGAACAAUCUAGAAAAUGUUUGUUUUAAAGAAAUGUCCUUGCUCUGGCUCUCUUAUAGUGUUUGCAAUUGAUAUAAAAGUAACUAAAAAUAUCAUUAAAAUUUUGGAAUAGAAACACCGUUUAAAUGUUCAAAAUAUAAACAGAUUACUUUAGGAAAAACAGACAAAAAGAAAAAAUAUCAUACAUAUCCAAGCUUGUUCAUAAGAAACUAAGCUGGGAACAAUGCUUAGUUUCCUUAUAAACAUGGCAGUACAAAACCACUAUGACAUCAGUAGCACCAUACAAAACUGUUAAUUGAUCUUUACAUCAUCACACAGAGAAGAAGGGACUGGCUGGCCUCAGCAGUCAAGGUCCUAUCCAGUUGAGGUCCUUCAAAUCUCAGUAACUGUUUGUUAUUGUGAGUUCCUGUCCUGGUGGUUGAGUCAAUGGUAUUUUCUUUUGUCUGAAGAACAGUGCUUCUCAAACUUUAGCAUGCAUCUGAAUUCACCUAAAGCUUUUCAAUCACAGAUGCCCAAUUUCCGAUUCUGUACAUUUGGCAAUUUGCCUUUCUGGCAAGCUCCCAGAUGAAGCCACUUCUGCUGAUCUGGGAACUAGAGGCUAGAAAUCAGUUACUUUCAGGUCAGCCUGACAUAUCAAGCACUGACCUGAACUGACCCAUUGGCGGACAGAUUGGGGUGAGAUUACUUACAACAUUCCAGUUCACCUUUCCCAGUUUUAUUAUACCAACCAUUGGCUCUUACACCCUAGAAGACAAUGAAUGUAUAUGUUCUAUGGAACAGUGAGAUAAAUCUAAGCUUCUCAUCUUUGUAUUUAUAAACAUUAAUUCUACAAAUUAUUGUUUGUAUCCUACUGACCCUUUGAUUUGUAUGUAAGGUGGUUUAAAUUCAUGUGGUAUUUGCAUCCCUUUCUAUAUAAUUUUAAUGAGAUGUUUCUGUGUAUGGCUCCAUUACAGCCUGGCUCCUGGCUUACAGAGAUUUUUGAGUAGUUGUGUGCUUUCUAGUUACAUCAUGUCUUGGAUUGGUCAUUAACAUAUCAGCAUUUCAAAAUGCUAUGAUGCUUUUUAUGGUACUUUUGUCUUUCACUUAACUGUGUGAUGUAAAUUAGUAUUUUAGUUUCAUGUUUAUCUAUAAAGUGUCUAUUAAAUGGCUUUGUGGAAAUUUUCAAAAUGAAAUAAUUCCGUUUGAGCAGUAGGUAUGCCUGUCUUGACUUUCAGUAAAUAUUGUGUUUAUAAAGAUAUCUGCACAAUGUAAACUAACUCUCAUUCCACGUGAUGGGACAUAUAGGAAAGUCAAUCUAUGAUCUAGUAAAAUUAACCCAAAUACAGAUGAGGCCUUAGUUUAUGUUUUAACUCUUUGCUCAGUUAAUUAGCCUUAGAAAUUAAUUUUUGAUUGAAACAUAAGGACCUUUUAACAGGAAGAGGAGAGAUUGAUAAUCCAUGUUUUUUUGUUAAAUUCAACACACAAAUAAAAGAAAAAUCUAUUCAUGGAAUUCCAGCUACUUAGGAGGCUGAGGCAGGAGGAUCAUAAGUUCAAGACUCGCCUGGACAACAUAGUGAGAUUCUGGCUCAAAAAUAAAUGAGUGAAUAAAUAGACAUGAAUGAAAAAAGUAGAGCACACAAGGAAUGAUUUAGGAUAAAAAUAAUUAAGUAUUCUAAAUAUUUAUAAAUUAUAUUAAUUUAUAUUAUUCUUACUGACCCAAUAAAGUUUAAAUACUUUUGUUUAACAGAUAUUUUGACAUAGUUUAGAUUAGACUGUUAUUUGAAGAGAAAGCAAUCAUUCUAGGUGCUUGAAUUAGUGAAAGCAUUAUCAACAGAGUGUUAAUGAUGUUAAGGAUUCAAGUCUUUUACUUUGUGGUUAAAAAUAAUUGGGGAUAGUUCCUUUUCAUUUCCCAUAACAAUUUAAAAAUUAUGCAUGUAGUUCCUUUAAUUCUGAUUUCAAUUACAUUUUAAAACUCAAGCUCUGCAAAUAAUUUAUUUCCAAAUUGUUUCAUCAAUUGUUGCCAAAAAAAAAGGAGGAGGGAGGACCUGAGCCAAUCUACAUUUUGUCUUAGACCUAAGGAGGUUUAAGCCCUUGAUACUCACAUCUACCAGUGACUGUCCACACCCACCUCAGGCCUUUGUUCACCCUCUGCUGCUGUUUCCUCUGUAGUUCUUUCCUCUGGUCCAUUUUGAAAUCAAUAUGAUAGCAGUCAGUUUCUUUUUAUGUACCUACUUUAGUCAAAGAUGACUGUUUUGGCCAUUUGGGUUUCUCUUCUAUUGAGACCCUGUGGUUAGAAUAUUCAUUGUAGCCUGAUAGGGUAGGAGGAAGUACCUAUAGGGAAAGGUUACUUUUUAUUCUUGGGUUUUUUGUGGGAGUGGGGGAAUGUUGGGAGCUAAAACUCAAUGUUUAUUCCCCUAA